AUGCGGGCGGAGUGGCUGGCGAACGGCGCGUGCGGGCGGUCGGGAGCGCUCGGUGCGAACGUGGUGUUGUUGGCAGCGGGCGGCUGCGCAGCGGGCGCGGGCACGGGCGCGGCGGGCGUGCAGUGCGCGGUGUGCGGGCGCCGGUACAGCAACGCGUCCAACCUGCGCCAGCACGUGCGGCUCAUCCACGAGGCGCAGCCGGUGGCGUGCGCUACGUGCGGCCGCAGCUUCAAGACGCCGCUGUACCUGCGGCGCCACACGCUCGCGCAGCACCCGCCCGCGCGCAUGCGCCUCAAGCCGCCGCCUCCACUUCCCGCGCUGCGGCCCGCUCAGCGCUUCCACCAGUAG